AUGAGCGGAGUACUAGCAGUUGGUGCUGCUGUAGGUGCAUUGGCGUCACAAGCAGCACGCCGUCUGUCUUCUUCUUCUCCAACGAACUCCCAAGAGCAUUUCUUCAAGGAGAAGAAUGUUGGCAUUUUGGCAAUUGAGGUGUACACACCGUGCACCUAUAUCAGUCAAGAGGACUUGGAAGAGCACUCAGGAGUUUCAAAGGGGAAAUUUACGAUUGGCUUGGGUCAAGAAGGAUUGGGUUUUUGUGGCGAUGCCGAAGAUGUCAACAGCCUCGCCCUUACAGUGGUUCACUCAUUGCUAGAGAAGUAUCAAAUUGAUCCGACGGAAGUGGGAAGACUGGAGGUUGGCACGGAAACUUUGGUCGACAAAUCCAAGUCUACCAAAACAGUUCUGAUGGAUCUCUUCCCAGGAAACUCAGAAAUCGAAGGCGCUACUGUAAUCAAUGCUUGCUACGGAGGCACAGCAGCUCUACUGAAUGCUUUCGCUUGGGUAGAGUCUGAAGGUUGGGAUGGAAGGUUUGCCAUUGUGGUAGCAGCAGAUAUCGCGGCUUACGCUCGGGGAAGUGCAAGACCGACAUCCGGAUGUGGAGCCGUAGCCUGCCUCAUUGGUAGGGAUGCUCCAUUGGUGUUUGAUCCCAGAGAAAAAGCGACUUAUGCAGCGAAUGUUUGGGAUUUUUUCAAACCAGAUCACAGUGUGGAAUAUCCAACGGUCGAUGGGAAACUCUCGCAAGAUUGCUAUUAUCAAGCUCUUGAGGCCGUCUAUACUAGGUUCUGCGACAAGCUUUGCAAAAAUAAUCCUGGCAUGGACUUCAACGCGAGCAGCCACGAGUACGUCGUUAUGCACGCCCCAUACAAUAAAUUAGUAUCCAAGUCAUUCGGCAGAUUGUUCUUUCUCGACGCACGAAAACAAAAGAAAGAGGGAAAAGGAGAAGACAACCCAGCUAUCGACACUGAGUGGCUAACCAAGCCAUUGACGGAAACAUACACGGAUAAAGCGCUCGAAAAGGUACUUAAGACCCUGAGUAAAGAUUCUUUUGAUCAACGAUUGGGAGAUGCCAACAUGGCCAGCAAAAUGGUUGGCAAUACUUAUACUGCCAGUGUCUUCUUCGGACUAGCCUCUCUCGUCGAUCGUGUGGGAGGGAGAGGAGAACUGACUGCGGGCAAAUCCAUCGCUGUUUUCUCGUAUGGCUCUGGUGCUAUUGCUUCAAUGUAUCGUCUCUCUGUCCGCGAAGUGGCAAAGUCAUCGAGAUUCUCGAUUCCAAAGAUGGUUGAGGCUCUAAAGUUGAUGGAUCGAUUGCAGAGCCGUGACAAGGUUCAUCCUAGUGAGCUAGAUCUGGCUUUGGAGACCCGUGCACGAAUGCAUCGAGCGGGGGCUCCCUAUUCUCCUGUAUAUCCUACUGUUGGAAGGAUGUUUCCAGGAACAUACUAUCUCAACGGCAUUGACUCGAAAUGGAGACGUAGUUAUUCAAGAGUUCCACUAGAUGCAAAGAUGGAAAAGUCUGGAGCUAAAUUGGCUCCACCCAUUGUUCUUCGAAUGGCAAAAAAAGAUGCCAUAUCUCAGCCGGUCACUGGUAAGCUCCAAGUUCUCUCGUCGACAGAAGAUGGAAAGGCUGACAAAAUCACCGAGUCGAGGCGGCGUAUCGCCUGUGUCAUUACAGGGACCGCAGCAGGACUUCCAGGAGACAGGAAUGUUUUCGACCCUUCGAAUCUGCAACGUUUGGUUGACGGAGAAACGUGUAUCACCCCCGUGUCUGGUAGCAUGAAGAGUGCUAUGCUUGAAAAAUGUGUUGUACAACUUAAAAAAUUUCCUGAUGGAACUACCAAGCGAUUUCCAGUGGAGGUAGAAGACGAUGUUAUCAAACUUGCAGCCCAACUUGGGUCCUUUGACUUGUCCAUUGCGUACGGAGUACCUAGCGGGCUUGCAGAAACAAUGGAUCUCGCUGCUCAGGUGGCGGUUGCGGCUGGAAUGGAGGCCCUGAAGUCCGCAGGCUUGGUGAAAGGAAGGAGCAACGAUCCUAAGGAGUGGAUGCUAGAAGAAAUGUACCGUGAUUCAACAGGUGUCGUUUACGCUUCCUCAUUCCCCGCGAUGGAUGCUGCAGUGGGCGAGGUCAUGCGAUUUCUCCAAUCGAAGACCGUUGGAGCUGCUUCAAGUAUGCGCUUAAUUUCUGCUCUUCGUGGCCGCUUGCUACGAGCAUCGGAAGACCGGGAGUUGUCAGACGACGACGAGGCAGCCUUUGCUCGUCUAUUGACUCGGGCCGGAGAAAUUGAAGGCAACGCAGACAUCAGUGGAGUGAACCCAGACAGCGAAUACGAGUUCGAUAGGAAAUUCCUUUUCCGCGUUCUUGUACUUGGAAACGCGCAGCUCGCUCAACUAGCUGGUUGUCGAGGUCCUAACACACAAACAAAUGCCGCAUGUGCAGGCACAACACAGGCUAUCGCUAUGGCACAAGACAUGCUCAUCAGUGGAAGAGCAGAUCGUGUCGUUGUUGUUGCAGGUGACAACGCGUCGGGUGAGACGCUGAUGCCAUGGUUGGGGAGUGGAUUCCGUGCGCUCGGUGCUGCCACAACUGCAGGAAAAGUGGAAGAUGCAGCGUUGCCAUUUGACAAGCGUAGAUCAGGGAUGAUCCUUGGUGCGGGAGGAAUUGGUAUGGUACUGGAAACAGAGCUCAGCAGCAUUGAGCGACAAAGGGCUGCACCACAAUCUUUUGAGAUAAAGGCGAGGCUACUUGCAACCCAAUACUCGAAUUCAGCCUUUCAUGGAGCAGCUCUAGAUAGAAAUCACAUUGGGUCAGAGCUCAAGCGCUUUCUUUCUGAAAUUGAAGUGAUUCAUGGAGUCAGCAAAGCAGAGAUUGCAACGCAUGGUGUAUACUUUUCUCAUGAGACCUGCACUCAUGCUUCAUCUGCAAGCAGUUGUGCUGGUAACGAAAUCGCUGCUCUUCGAUUUGCUUUUGGUGUCGAGUUGCUGUCAAAACUUCUUAUUCUCAACACCAAAGGUUACACCGGUCACCCAAUGGGUGUUUCUUUUGAAGAUGUGACAGCAGUCGAAGUCCUGUUGCGACAGCGGGUUCCUCCGAUCCCAAAUUUUAGGGAGAAGGAUGAGUAUCUCGGGAAUCUUAAUCUCUCCAAGGGAGGGGCGUAUGCUUGCAGAUAUGCUCUUAGAUUUGCUGCUGGUUUUGGUAGUCAGGUUGCCUUUGCAUUGUAUGCAACAGGGCAAUAUGAAUGA